CUUCAAGAAAACACGCAUGUGGCAAAAUGCCAAAUACUAUUAUUGUCGACCUUGUGGUAUCUGUGAAGACGGUAGAGAGACACUCGCAAAAUGCCACGAAGGCCGGGACACGGUGUGCAGCGAAUGUCCACAUUCGUUAGUUUAUGACGAAGGAACAAAAUCAUGCCAGCCUGCAAAACAGAAAACUGAAAAUUCACUCGAAUAUGCUGUCGCAGGUGUUCCUACUGCCGAUUCCACAGCGCCGACAAUCAACCAAGGGGUGGCGUAUAUAAAUGACGUACAUACACGUGCAUCGAGCAGUAUUAGCAGCGACGAGAUCAGCACGCCCUCGAAUAAAGGUAGGGACUCCCAAUAACAUGUGUUAAUAAUAAUAUUAAUAUUUAUUUAUUUACCCAAUAAUAAUAAGAAGAAGAAACACUGAAAAAAAUAACAAAAGUA